UCCGCCGAGCUUAGCUCGUCCCCCGCCGCUGGGAGCAGAGCGGCGGGGCGGAGUUCAUGGAAGUGAAGCGAGUUUCAGAAAUCUUAGAAAUACCUAAUAUUGCACACUUUAACAACUCUUGGCGGCGGCGGCGUCCCCGUCCCCCGCUUCUGUUGGGCUUUGCUCUCUCAAAUGCUUUUUUCUGGCAGAAGGAAGCAGUGCCUGAGGGCGUCACGGGAAAAACGGCGGGGGGGGGGCGCUCCCAAGGGCCAAACCCCAGAUAACGUCUGUCUUAUCAGAGCUGGUUUAUAUUGCAUUAUGAAGACACUGGUCUGAUCUUUGUCUCCAGAGGAGGAAAUAGGAAGCAUCACUCUAUGUGCUGCAAGUAAAUCCUUUUUGCGAUAGAUGAGGCCUCGGUUUUGAGGCAUGUGAACCAACCAUUUCCACAUUGGUUACCUACCAAAGAAUUUCCAAAACUUGCAUGGUUUUGAAUUUGAACAAAAGACCAGAAAUCAGAAUAAUCUUCACAUUUCUUUGAAUAAGAAGUAAUAAUGCAACGAAGGCAGGGAAGAGUCAAUGCUGGACUGCUUUUGCUGCUUUAUCAAAUUUCUCAAGUUGGACUCCAGAACAUUCCUUCUGUUACCCUUGGGGUGCUUGCACUGAAUAUUUUUCUCUUUCUGAAUCCUGUGAGGGCACUUCCUGAAGUGUGUAUCAGUGUGAAGGAAGGUUUCUACAGGAAGAACUGGCAGCGUUUACUGCUUUCUCCUGUCCACCAUGCAGAUGACUGGCAUUUGUACUAUAACAUGAUUUCCAUGCUUUGGAAGGGGAUAAUGCUGGAAAAAAAGCUUAAGAGCAUAUGGUUUGCAUACAUAAUUGCAGUAUUUUCAGUGCUGGUUGGAGUUGUUUAUAUGGUGCUGGAAUUCAUGCUUGUGAAAAUUCUGGAUGAUCCUUCAUAUGAAAUGAAUUGUGCUGUAGGUUUUUCAGGAGUCUUGUUUGCUUUGAAAGUUCUUAACAACCAUUACAAUCCAGGAAGAGUCAGCAGUGUCCUUGGAUUGCAGAUACCCAGUAAAUAUGCUUGUUGGGUGGAGCUGGUGGCUAUUCAUUUAAUCUCCCCAGGGACUUCUUUUGCUGGGCAUCUGGCAGGGAUUCUUGUUGGAUUGAUGUACACUAUGGGACCUCUGAAGAAGAUCAUGAAAGCCUGUGCAGGUGGCAUUUCUUCAUUCGCUGACCCUGCCAGGCCAAGGGACUACUAUUCAGACUAUUACAGCUAUCCAGGUUAUCAAUACAGAACGCCAAGGAGCUAUUAUGAUUAUACAGGUGGGCUUACUGAAGAAGAACAGCUUGAAAGGGCAGUGCUAAACAGUCUUAAUGAAAGAGAUUUCAGUGGAGCAACGUAUAAUAAUGAGCGGCGACCCUAUGGUUUUUGGUUCCCACCUGAGCAGCAUUCAGAAGAGGAAAUAAGAAGGCAAAGGCUUCGUAGGUUUGAGAGACGAUAACAUUGGCAGGUGUUGGUGUAAACUGUAAAGUGCUUUUCAGAGUUACCAGAAUGUUUGCAGAUUUAUUUGUAACACGCAGAUUCAUUUGUAAUAUUUCUCCAAUUUUUUUUUUUUUACUACUAGUUGCAAAACUGCAGAGGAUUUGGUGAGUUCAGGGUCAAAAUUGGAACUUGCAUAAAACGUGUGAGAUAGGAAUCAAAAUGUGAUCUUGGGCAGUCUCCGUCUUAAUGCACCUUAAAUAUGGAAGAAGACGGAUGGUUUUACCGAACUGUAUUUUUUCUUAAGUUCUUUUGUGCAGCUUCAGGAAUUCCUUGGCUUUUUGACUGCUGGUAUUCUUAGACAACAGGUUUUCUUUAGCUCUCACAGAAGAAAGAAACACUACUUUUUUUUUUAAUAUGAUUGUAAAACUAUGCAAUUUUUUUUACAAACUUGUCUCUCUGUCGAUGAUGACCAAUUGUUCUGGGAAUUGAGAAGAUUGCUUUGAUGACAACAGCUAGAGGCUAGGCUUGAGCUUUUCAGCAGUCUUGCAAACGGUGUGAAAAAUAGCUGCAGCUAUCCUUACCCUAAGGCGUUAUUUAAUGCAACCUUUAGUGUUGCAGCCUUCCUUAAAACAUGCCGUUUCAUCUAGAGUUUGUGUGUGAUAAAAAUGAGUUGUAACUACUUAAUAUUUCCUAAAGCCUUUCUUAAUAUUUAUGUUUUAAAUAAAAGGCUUCCCUUUCGAGUUGAAGUAAUUUGUUAGGAGUUUUAAGGAAAGGGAGGUGGAUAUCCCAUACAAAGAAUAUAUUUAUUUAGUAACUUAUACUUUUUCAAGGCAUCUAUUCCCCUUUCUAAGAAGGCUUGGGAACCGUAUCAUGUAUAUGCUGUUCAUGCAGCUGUAGAGGUUCUACUGUUUCUCUGUACGUAUCUCAUCUGGCGUCCAGUAGCAGCAGUAAGAGGUUGCAGACUUGUGGAGAUCUUGCCUAAAUAUUGGCUACCAUGAAUUCUUCAUUUUCUAGGAAGAAUUUCCCUACCCAACUCUGGAGUAGUUGGCAGGAGCCAGAGAGCUCAGGUGUGACAUUGGGCAGACCCGCUGCUUGCUGGUUGUCACACAGUGCCUGUCGUCUGGGGGCACAUCUGCCCGUUCACUAACGUUAACUAACGAACCUGAAGGAGUUUUGUUCCAGUAUCACUCAAAAAUUACUCAUUGCCCAGUUAUUUUUUCCUCCAUACUAGCAGAAAUUCUUCUGAAACUGGGGAUGCUCCUCUGUAACUAUUUUCAGUCCUGAAGAGGUGGGAUUGCUCAAGAAGAGUUUGACUAUUGGCCUUUGGUGCAGAGCUGUUGGAGCCUCUUCAGCACUAAUGUAGUAGAGGAUUAGGAUGAGCAAUUUAAUGGUUUCUUUUCAGGUACCUGUGAUCACCAGUCUGUGCUUUAUGAAGUCUACUUCUCUAUGGAGUUAUCAUUCAAAUGUAAAAACAUAGUGCUCUAUUUUUCAUACAGAAAAAAAUCCUGAAACUAAGUUUUUUACUAUGCUCUUUAAAUAGAGAGUGCACCUUCUGGCCAUGACUAAGCUUUUGUUUGCUGAAAAAUGCACAAGCUGUUCUUUCUCUCCCCUGCCAUUCUUGCUUUCACCGUCCCCCUUGCACCGACUGUUGGUCUGCGUGCCGAGGAGCAGCACGGUGUCGUUACGCCAGGUGUGUGGCUCCAGGUUCUGAGAGCCAAGAGACACGGUGGCAACACGACUUUGGGUGUGCUUGUUCAGGUGGUGCAAGAACACUGUUACAAUAUGAUACUAUGCAAAGUGUUCUCUGGCAGGGUCUAAGACACUUAGUCUGUAAGGAGUGCUGAUUUUUGUUGUGGUUUUGGUCUUGGUUGUUUUUCUAUCUAUGCAGUAGCCAUAGAAUAAAAUAACAGAUGCUCUUAGCUAAUUUUUCUAUGCUCACUAAAAAUAGGUAUCAAAAAAACUGUGUACAGUUUGCAUAUUGUUCUCAGUGGGUAAUAACUACUUGUAAAUGAGGGGGAAAUAGCAUUGCUUCCUCAGACUAAUCUUUUAAUGCUCUGGUCAAAAGUGUCAGUGUAAUUUACUGUGUCUGUUAAGCUCUGUUAUUUUAAUUAUUUAAGACCACUGGAGUAGCCACCUGUCAGUUGCAAAAAAAUGCUUAAGUAAAAUCACAAACUCCAUCACAAUUUUAAAAGCACUUUGUUUUGUAAAGUAAGGUUAGAAAUACUUGCCAUUAAAUAUUCACAGAAAUUGUCUGUACUAAUAAUUGUUCAGCUCUUUUGACUUGUUUGUAUACAAAAUUG